AUGGCAUUCACUUUGACAGUCAGGGCAGAGCUGACUCACUGUCAAGUUGCCAUCGACCAAGGCCCCCAGGUCCCUUACUGCAGUGCUGCUGUCCAGCCUGUUUCCCAGUCUGUCUGUACAGCCAGGGUUGCUGGACAGGUUGCUGUCCCAGGUGCAGAAUCCAGCACUGCUCUUGGCCACAGUUCGUACAAGUGGCGAUCGCCCAGUCCCCUCACUUGUCCAGGUCUCUCUGCAGGGCCUCUCUGUCUUAGACACAGGCGACAGCUUCUCACAGCUGAUUACCACCGGCCAGCAGACAAAUUACGUUCUUGGGACGGAUUCCUGAGGCUGCCGCAGAAAGCGGUAUCUGUUACCCUCGAAGCCAAACCUUUGCUUGCAAAGCCGUUCCUUCGGCUCCCCGAGCCCAAAGCGGGCGGCGGGGGCCGUGUCCGGCCUGGGCCUCUCGCCCUCGCCCCGGAGCCGCCCGCGGCCCCUCCCGCGGCCCGCGGGGUCGCCCGGCAACGCGGCGGACGCGGCGGCACCGACCCGCGGCCAUGGCCUCCAAGGCGGGCAAGAAGAAGGAGGUCUCCAGCCGCCCCUGCACCUCCUCCAAAACGUGAGAGCCCCGGGAGAGCGGGAGGGACGCCAUCUAUGCUUUCCAGGGUAGCUGCUUCCAAUGAGAAAUGGAGAUUUCCUAUUUGGCCAGAAUGGAAUGAUGCAGACAUCAAUGCAGAAAAAUGGGAUGCUGGAAAAACUGGAAAAGAAAAACCUGGAAAAGGUCAAAUUUCACCUGGAUUUGAUGAUCCUGAAGGGAAAAUAAGGUUGCCAGCAUCCUUAAAAGUGCAUUCAUGGAAACGUCCACAAGAGUUUUUAACAAAAGAGGUUCCUGUGGUAGUCCGAAAUGAAACCUCAUUUGACCUUGUUUCAGCAAAUGAGCACAUAUUUUGUUGUGAGCUGAUGAGAUGGAUUGUAAGUGAAAUCUAUGCUGUCUGGAGGAUAUAUAAUGAAAAUUCCUUAAAUAGUGAAACACCCACAGUUGUUUGGAAACCUUGGGAACACAUUUAUGCCUUAUGUAAAUCUACCAAGGAACGUGUACCACUGUACAAUAAGUUUGGGAAAUAUGUAUUGAAACUUUAUUGGAUGGGGUGUUGGAGAAAAAUCGUUGUGGAUGACACUAUGCCAUUCAGUGAAGAGGAGAAUUUGUUAUUACCAGCUACAACCUGCCAAAAUGAACUUUGGCCAAUGUUGCUGUCCAAAGCUAUAAUUAAGUUGGCAAAUACUAGUAUACAUGAAAGUGGAACAAGAGAGAUGGAGGAAUUUACAGUUCUUCAAACACUGACUGGAUGGAUACCAGAAGUUAUUCCUCUCCAGCCUGAAUACUUGGAUAAAGUUUGGGACUUUUUGAAAGAGACUGUGCCAGAAUUCAAGUUGCCAGAGAAGGCAGCUCCAGAACUUGAGGUUGCUCAGGAUGAUACAAAAACUGAAGAGACCAGAGACUCAGAGUUAAGAAGUGAACUUUCAUCUGUGAGUAAGAUGCCAGAUUCAACUGAGAGAGCAGCGACAGUCAAUAACGAUAGCAAAGAAACACCCAUACCAACUCAGCCAGAAAUGGUGGUAUACGCUGGCUGUAUACCGCUGCAUUUGUUUGAAGAGGACAUUUUUUCAUUAACACGAAUGGCUGAUUCUUCAGAGAAGAUGCGGCAAUAUGGGCUUUCCCACAUACACAGCCAUCCUGUCCUGGUCACUACAACUAGGUCCUGUCCUCUGGUAGUACCUCCAGAACCACCACCACUUCCUCCUUGGAAGCUUUUCCGUCUGAAAAAGAAAGUUGUUGUGACAUCUGAACCCCAAGAGCCUGUGGUAGAGAAACCUGAAAAACAUGUUGAGAUUGCUAGCCUGUUUUUUAAAUACAAAUUGGAUAUUAUCAAAAUCCCAACAGACACCUACUUUCCACAGUCUGGCCUCAAAAAAGGAUUUCAUACUACAUCCCGUCUCACUUCUGUUACUGAAACUGAUGAAAAUGAAAGUGACAGUAAUGGGGAUAUGAAUCAAAAUGGGAGACACUCAAAUGCAAAAGAUUAUUCUCAGGAGACCAUUCCCUUAUUGCAACAAAAUGCAGAGGUACUCAGUGAAGAAGAACAUGACAAUAUCAGUUUAAGUACAAAACAAGCAUCAGAAAGAGCUGAUACGGAUAUGAAGAGCCAGACAGGGACUAAAUCAAAGGAUGAAACAGCAUCAGAAAAUAUUUCAGUUUCCAGGGAAACCUGGAUUACCUUUGAAGACUUCUGUGCUUGUUUCCAGAAGCUGUAUGUUUUCCACAAGCCACAUACAUAUGCUUAUAACUAUCAGAAGACAUCUUUUAAGUCUUCUAAUGAGGAAGUCUUCUAUUAUUUACUUGUGGACAGUCUGAUGCCCAUUGAAAUCCUGGUUAGCUUUUCUGCAUUAGUAUACUGGUAUGUUACUGAAGGUGCUAAACAAGAACGUUCAACAGGUCUGCUGACGGUUGAAUAUUUCUCUUGGAAAUCUGUGACUCCUGGAGAACUUGUGUUAAAGAUGCAUACAUGUGCAACCAAAGCUACUGUGGUAAAUCUUCCUGUUGGGCGACACAUCCUUCUCUUCACAGUAACUUGUCCCAUAGGGCACCACAUUCAGCUGUGUACCAUGGUGCCAUGUGUCUUUGGAGAAGAGGAUGCUGUGCUGCCAGCUCUUCAGAAGGAGAGCAUUCGAUUUAUAGAACAGGCUACAGCUAUCCUGAGUGCUGUUGGAAAUGUGAUAAAUAAUUACAGCAGUAAGGAUGAGCUUCCUAAAGCCUUGAAGGAAUUGGAAGUAGCUUAUUGUCCUCCUGGCCUCCAUGAUACUAAAAUAGCUAAAGAAAACAGCAAGGUUUUCAAUAAGGCAUUUUGGUAUUUGAUCAAAUGUGUAUUUGACAAGAAGGAAUUUUGCAGAUAUAAAUUUGCCUUCAGAUCCUUUACUUUGGAUUUUGAAGCCACUGAUAUUUCUGGGGAUGACACUGUGUUUUCAGGCAGCAACAGGAAUUCCAGCUCUGUUGAUGUUACUCAUUCUUCCAAUCGUUCAGAGAGCAGUGAGGAAAAAUUCCUUAGUAGUUGUGAGAAUCAAACUCCCACAUCUGAAGAAGAAGAAGCAGCUCUCAAAAUUCAAGCCAUCUGGCGAGGGACCUAUGUUAGGAAAAUACUGAAGAGCAGAGAACCAGGUACUAAAGAAAAUACUGAUGUUGAAGAAACUUUGAAAAACCUGUGGACUAUGAUUGAGUUAAAUUUUGAACAGUGUGCUGUAACGUUGUUAAGAGAAAUAUUUAAAAGAAACUGUAAUUCAGUUGAAAAGUUUACUUGUUAUGAUGAUGAAUGGUGUAAGAUGUAUUUCACUGACUAUACAGUAACAUAUGCUGAUCAACCACCAAAUGCCUGGUUUCUGGUUUUCAGAGAAAUAUUUAUUGUCCCAGAAGACAUGUUUAUAUUGACACAGGUGUUUACCACUAUCCCUUUCUGUAGACUUCAUGUUCUUGAUAAUGACACACAGGAAGAAAUGCCACAUGCCUUUUUCAAAGUGGCAUCUCAUGUUUAUCCCAAAAAUAAGAAAGGAUACACUUUUGUGGCUGAAGCACACACUGGUGACCAGCCUGUGCCAGGUGGGAAAUGGAAGCUGCGCUUCAUCAGCUCCCAGAGUGCCCUGCCAUUUCUCUCUCGCGAGGCUGUAGAUAAUAUCUAUUCUACCCUACAAUUUAAGGAGUAUUACAUACCCAACAAAGAGUUCCUACUGUUUAGGUAUUUUGUAAAGGUCACAGCACCACAUACGGCUACAUUGCAGGUACAGACCUCUAAUUCAGAUGUGCUCAUUAAGCUACAAGUCCUAGAUAAUGAGAAGGAAAUCAUGAGUGUCAUUGGAAAGGGCAAUGCAGUCAUCCCAGUUUUUAAUUUCUGGAGUAAUCAAUCACUUCUGAGCUCCCAGUUAAAAAACUUACAGAUUAGUCAAAGAAGUACAGUGAAGGGAUUGGAAACUGGACGAAUAAAGAAAGGAAGUCGUAAUUCGUCAAAGGACAGCAAAACUUCUUCCAAGACAGACCUUGUACAGGAAUGCUCAGUGAUAUUAACAGAUGAAUCCUCAGUCUCAGAAAAAUUUGAAAAUAAUGUUGGAAGCCCACAACAAUCUCACCAGUAUUCAGUAGAGGCACUGGUGUUGCAUGAUAGUUGGCCACUUACUGAGAGUGAGUCUUUGCUUGUUCAGGAACUGAAAGAAAUGCAGAAAGAUGAAAUCAAAGUAAAAAAGACUGCAAGUAUUCCUAAAUCAACCAGAACAUCAAAAGAUAACGCAUUUGAGAAGACAGAAAAUGAGAAGUUCAGGAAAGAAAGUGCAUCACUUGAAUCUCAGCCAGGAGAUUCAAACACACCCUACUGGAUUUUACGCAUAGUUAAUGAGCAGAAAGAGGCAGACUUUCUGGAGGUGAAGAAGGACACCCGGCGAGUAGAUGAGAUCAGAGCCAUGAAAGAAGCAUGGGAGUCUGCGGAGCCAGGGAGAGCUGUCAAGGCUUUUCAGGAACGUGUGCGUUUUAUUAAUAAGUAUGCUGUGAGAGACUCAGAGGAACCCAUAGCUGGGGCUGAGACUGCCGACUUAACACCUAGCUCAGGAGAAGAAGGAAAGCAAUCACCAGAAACAGCUAUUGAUUCAAGACUGAAAACACAGCAAAAAAAAUGGGAGCUUAUAGACCUUAGUCCUUACACAAGAAAAACAUUGCCUGAACCUUUGCUGAGAAAUGAGUCUAUCAUUCAACAGCAACAGAUGCGUAAUGAAGAAAAAUUCAACCAUUAUAGGCAAUUUUGCAUGCUGGCUAUGGAACAAAGAGAAAAAGAAGAAAAUGAGAGAAUUUUAUUGAAGCAAAAUAUACUUGAAAUGUAUGAGAACCUGCAGGCAUCCUUGGAUGAAGCACGAGGCAGAGUUUACAGCAUUCGGGAAGCAUACAGAAAUCAGCUGCUGGAGGCCAAGCGUAUAAAAGAAGAAGAACUGGCAGCUCAGGAAGCAGCCCUGAAAGCAGAUCGAAGGAGAAAGAAAAAAUAG